AUGUUUUUCAUUGAGUUUCUCCGAAUUCAGUUAAUUAGAAAGGAGAAGAUUUUGAAAUGUUUCCUGUUACAGGUGCACGAAUCACGUCUGCUUCCGAAAAAUAUUGAAAUUGCUUACGAACGGCUGAAAUAUGCUUUGGAUCGACAUGUGAAUGGAGAUGAAUGCUAUGAGGAGCAGUAUAAACGUCUACAAAGAGAGAAGGAAGCGAAAGCCAAGCGGAAGCGGGAGCUUCAUCGAAGGCAACGAUCGGAAGCUGAAGGAAUGAAGGAAUCGCCUAAUUCUGAGUGA